AUGGGAAAAGGCGGCGCACUCAGCGAUGGAGUCGUCAAGAAGAUCGUCCUCUCCUACACGUACGUCGCGAUCUGGAUCUUCCUCAGCUUCACCGUCAUCGUCUACAACAAGUACAUCCUCGACAAGAAGAUGUACAAUUGGCCUUUCCCGAUCACUCUCACCAUGAUCCACAUGGCCUUCUGCUCCUCCCUCGCCGUCCUCCUCAUCAAGGUCUUCAAAGUCGUCGAGCCAGUCUCAAUGUCCCGCGAGACUUACAUCAGAUCCGUCGUCCCGAUCGGCGCCUUGUACUCGCUCUCCCUCUGGCUCUCCAACUCCGCUUACAUUUACCUCUCCGUCUCCUUCAUCCAGAUGCUCAAAGCCCUAAUGCCGGUCGCCGUCUACUCAAUCGGAGUCCUCCUCAAGAAGGAAUCCUUCAAAUCGGAGACGAUGACCAACAUGCUCUCGAUCUCCUUCGGCGUCGCCAUUGCCGCGUACGGCGAGGCGAAAUUCGACACCUGGGGAGUGAUGCUCCAGCUCGGCGCCGUCGCUUUCGAGGCGACGAGGUUGGUUCUCAUUCAGAUCUUGCUCACUUCCAAAGGAAUCAACCUUAACCCCAUCACUUCUCUGUACUACGUUGCUCCAUGCUGUUUGGGUUUCCUCUUCUUCCCCUGGAUCUUCGUUGAGCUUCCGAUUCUUAAGGAGACGUCGAGUUUCCACUUCGAUUUCAUGGUUUUCGGGACUAAUUCCGUAUGCGCGUUUGCGUUGAACCUCGCCGUGUUCCUCCUCGUCGGGAAAACCUCGGCUUUGACCAUGAAUGUUGCUGGUGUGGUUAAGGACUGGCUACUGAUUGCAUUCUCUUGGUCUGUGAUCAAAGACACAGUCACUCCUCUGAAUCUGUUCGGAUACGGGCUUGCGUUCUUGGGUGUUGCGUAUUACAAUCACUGCAAGUUGCAGGCGUUGAAGGCGAAAGAUGCUCAGAAGAAGGUUCAGCAGAGUGAUGAGGAAGCUGCUGGGAAGCUUUUGGAAGAGAGGGAGAGUGAAGCUGCUGGAAAACCAAAAGAAACCGAAGACUGA